UUUCUCCCUCUCUCUUUCCUAUCUCUCUCCCUUUCCGUAUAGCGCAGCAUCCAUUAUCGAAUGCGCAGACUCUACGUCUGCAACAUCUCUCGGAAGGGAUGAUCUCUCUCGCUCAGUAUUGAAAAUUCGUACGACGCAAGUGAUUCGUAGCUAUCAAACGACGUGAUCUCACUGUAGAUUCUAACUAGUGAAUGAGUGAGUGAAUUGCAAUUGCAGAGAUUACUAAUAACAUCGAAUGGGAUAAACGUGAAGGACCGCGUCGUUUCGCAUCUGCUCAGGUCGAGAGAAAGUCGCGGAACGUUCGAUUCGCACCACCGAUGGCAGAUCACGAUAACGUUUACGACGACGAGGAGCUAGUUUCAGCCAAUCCAAAUCAAAGGAAUUGGCGUGGGAUUUUAAUAGCGUUACUCGUGAUCGUCGCGGUCCUAGCACUUAUUGUUACAUCUGUCGCUUUGCUUACACCUCCCGAUGAUGGCCCCAGAGUACGAGGGACGCGGUUACGUCUCUCCGAGGUGCUUUCCGGAGAAUUGUCUCCUUUAUUAUUUAAUGGAUCUUGGGCGAGUAAUCGCCAUAUAUGCUACCGAGAUAUUUGGGGUGGCAUCUCUUUGUUAAAUGUUUCGGAUCCAAACAUCGUAUCGCGCAGUUUAAUGCCAAAUGAAACAUUAAGACGGCUGAAUCCAGUAAAAUUUUCCUUAUCGCCGGAUCGUCAAUACUUGCUUCUUGCUCAAAACGUGAAGAAACUGUUUCGUUAUUCGUAUCUAGCACAGUACGUCAUUUAUGACGUCAAGACACGAGAAUGCAUAGUGUUAACUCCUCACCCUGAAAAAGAUGUUCACCCGUAUCUUCUACUAGCGCAAUGGACUCCGCUCAAUGGACACGGGCUCGUCAUGGUACAGGACUACGAUAUUUAUUACAGAACAAGUCCUAUGAGCAUAGGAUAUCGAGUAACAAACACUGCGGUACCUGGUAUAUUGUCCAACGGCGUACCAGAUUGGCUAUACGAAGAAGAAAUAUUACAUAGCGGAGAGGCAAUCUGGAUGUCGCCAGAUGGUCAUAUGAUGCUUUAUGCCUCAUUUAAUGAUUCUCUCGUAGAAGAAAUGCACAUUUCAUGGUUUGGAGAGGGAAAUAAGGCCCUAUAUCCUGACAUACGAUCAUUACGGUAUCCUAAGCCUGGAACGCCAAACCCUUCAGUACGACUGUAUGUUGCUGAUCUAGUUGACCCAAAAAAUAUUCGCACAAAAGUAGUGAAACCGCCGUCUAUCAUCGAGCAUAUGGAUCAUUACUUCACGACUGCUUCCUGGGUAUCUCUGACAGAAGUCUGUAUAACGUGGUUGACGCGCGCUCAGAAUCUUUCAUUGGUGACUAUCUGUAAGAGUCCAAUGUGGCAUUGUCAGGAAAUACAAAGGAUAACAAGCGAGAGUCACGGAUGGGUGGAUACUCCUCCGGAAGCUCCUCUCUUUUCAGCAAAUGGUAGCAGUUACGUCGCGAUAAGUCCGGUAAAAGAUGGACCGGCGGGAUAUUACAAGCAUAUAACCUGGGCUAAUGUGCUCCGAAAACAAGUAGUGCCUUUGACUCAUGGAAAAUUUGAGGUUGUCAAGAUUUUAGUAUGGGACCAAGUGAAUAAUACUAUGUAA